UUACCAUUACAUGGUCUUGUGGUUUGAAAGAACCCUGGAGUUUCUCAAGAUUUGCAAGGAAAGCAGCUCCAUCAUUUCAGCACUGGUGGAAGACUUUUUUGACACAACACUGGUGAUCUGUAAAUGUGAGAGUAAGGAUGGAGUAAAGCAGUUGCUUGACGCAUUUUUAUUUACACUUGGUUUUAUAAUCAUGCAAAAGUGGCCCCCUUAUCAGGUUAGACUGGAGGCCGUAAAGACUAUUAACUUCAUUCUUGAUCAAACCUCAAGGGAAGAAAAGAAAAAGUUGAAUUCUUCAGAGGAAGUGUGUACUUUAAUGCAAGCCUUGGCGAGAGAACUGUUUGACGUUGGAGGUAUACUAGUUCUGCAGCUAUAUUGUUGA